CUACUCAGUCGCGCCGAAGAUGGCGUCUUGAACGGACGUGUAUCCUGUGUACGUGAGAGGAUGUAACGUGUCACGUGUGAGCAGGCGAUAUGAAGUGUCAUGUGUUUUGUUUAAUACCUCGUAAUAAAUGAUGCGUUAGCCUGAGUGGUCCUUCCCUAAAUCAACCAGCAUGCCGCUGGUCAAACGGCUUAUCAAGCCGGUCGGCCUUUCGAGGCGCCCCUCGACGUGGGGGCAGACGGAGGAAGGCGAAGACGUGGUUUUGGAGGGGGAAUACGAUCUAACGGCCGUCACGAAUGUCACGUUGUGUGGUGCCCUUCGCCAGCUUGCAAGCUUGGUCGUCGCUGCCCAGGGCGUGUCGCGGGGUUUGGAGGAAGAGCUGCUGCAGAUUAACAGUCGCGCCUCUGCCCUUACCUCCCGACUGGCCUCCUUGGAACUCAAAGUCACCGGGCAUAAUCCUCGCACCGUUCCUGUCCGCACUCGAUUAAAGGAUGUCGCCGAAGGUGACCUGAGGAGUUUCAGCGAGAGGCGCGACCAUUUCACUCACAAGGAGACCGAAGAGAAGGCCCUCUUCACUGAAGGGUCGCGCCCCCCGGAACUCGUCACUCUGUAUCAAGACGCCAUCGAAACACCUGUUCAUAUCAUGAGGGAGAUCGAUAGACUUAGAGACGACGGGAUUCGAAGUUCCCGAUACUUCGUGUGCGAACCGGUCCUCGGCGAUUCGCUCAAGAAGGAAAAACUUCGCAAGCUCAACCUAGAGAUCGAGACGAGACGGCUAGCCGAGGAGGAAGGAGUGUCGGAUCCGUAUCGGCCUGCCAGCUUCGCUGCCCUCCGAGAAUGGUGUAGCGAUGACGAGACGUUGACAGAGCAGCUCUCACUGGCGCCCAUCUCCCCGUCGGUGCCUGCGCCCGUGGUACCUCCGGCCCAGGAACCCACUCCUCACAAACUACCUUCUCCCGAGCAGCGGGUAUUGGCCCUCUCCCUCAAGUACCCGCCGGAACUCGUGCCCAUAGACGUUUCAGGGACAGGCUUCAAGAGGCUCGAGAAAUUCAGGCAGUCUCUUAUACAUUUUGAGUACUACAAGGGAAAAAGACGGCGGAAGCGAGUGAAAAGGAGGAAUACGAUUGCUGACACUCGUGAUGCUCGCAUAGCCUUAGCAGACAGGGAAGCAGCAUCCACAUCAUCUGGUCGUGGCAUCUCGUCUCCUAGGUCGGGUUCCCCAAGUUCGAGAGGGGGCGUGUCCUUUACUGAUCGCUCUUUCGAUACCACUGAAACAUUAGAUACGACUUCCAAUACCACCAAAACAAGUUCAGAUAGAGAGAAUCAACUUCAUUCUUUGGGACUGGAUGUAAAUAUUCCUGUACCUCCUCGCCAUGUCCAGACUUUGUCAAGACGUAUGGCCAAGGAUGUUAAUUCCUUUAGGGACCAUGAGAUAAUACAUGAACAAGCGACUGGAUCAUCAGGACCGGAGGAGGCCCCUGUGGUGAACGGGACCAGACGGGAAACUGGUCUCCAAAGAAACCACAUUUAUGAAACAGUCAAAAAUUCCAAGUGCGACAGUUCUGCAGAUAAACGUUAUCCACAGAAGUCGCAUCUUCCUAUAUCAACGCAGUCUGGAGCAAUGAAUGUGGCUGUUAAACUGAGGGAAGGCACUAGAGACGACGGGACCCAUUCAUCAUCUGGUAACUGGUCUGCUUCCAGCAGUACGCGUACAUCUGUGGAAUCGGAUCACCAACGGCCAGUUGCAUCACCCACUUCAUCGCUGGAGCAGGACUCCAUCAUUUCAGAGUCUUUACAGAUUAGAUCAUCAUCUCCCUCUAGUAAUCAACGCACAAACUCAAGAACAACUGAUGAUUUUCCUUCAACCUCUUCACAUGCAAGUGAUGGCACAUUAACACCAACACAGGAUAUUCAGGAUAUUCCAUUUUUAGAUGAUGAUACCAGUUCUGCUUAUUCUUGUGAUACUGAAGGAUAUUACACUUCAUUCCAUAUAGACAGUGGUUUACGUUCCGUAAGUUACGAGGGAAAUAAGCUUGCAAGUGAAAGUGAUUACGAAACAUUUGGUAAGGGUAGUACAGGUACAACCAAUAGCUCAGCAAGUUUAGGAACAGUUGUCAUGAGGAAUCCAGAGAAGAAAACACCACCAAAGCCACCUCAAAGGGUGAGCUCUUUAGAAAGGAAACGUGAAAAUCGUGAAAGUGUCAUAACUGUGAUCCAUGUUAAUGGAUCGACUUCAUCACGUGAAGACGUUGUUGGUGAGGUACCCGACAAAGGUGGUAGUCAAGAUGGGGAUAGCAGAAGUUCUCGUGAUGGUGAUAGUGGAAGGGAAACUUCCAGUUCCCCAACCGAACCUACUAGUCCACGCCAACCUAGUCUACCAUCUCCAGAACAUGAGUAUUCUGAAUCUGACUUUGAAGUUGAAAGACAAGAAAUUUUGCGGGUUAAAACUUCUAUAAACUCAAGCCGAAUACCCUCAAUGUGCGUUAUAACACCGCCUCAAAGUGAUGAUGAAAGUGUUAGGUCAGGUAAUGUUUCUCUGUCAAGGGACAGUUUAGGUCCACAGGUUGAAAAUCAGGGCCAACAAGUGCCCCUUCAGGGAACAGCCAGUUCCAUUGCUAGUCAGGGAAGCACAUCAAGUGUUGCUACUAAGAUUUAUGCUUUUCAGAAUAGUGGUGCAAAAAGUGGAGGUGCUAGUGGAAGUAGUAAGGCAACUGUGGAAUCUGUUGUUAGUGAGAAGAAAGAUUUGGCAUCAAAAAUGGCAGCAGCACCUCAUAGUUACACCCCAACCCUCACAGUUAUUCCAAGAGGCAAAGAUGGCGAUAUAAAUGCUCACUUAAAAGGUAUUAUGCACACUGCAGCUAUAGCAUCUCCUUCACGGGCAACUACUGAGCAACCUGUGCUAAUUAAACCAUCAUUAGUGAGGCAGGCAGAGAAAGAAAAGAGGUUAUCACAAGAAAGUGAUAAUAAACAAAAAAUGGAGUUGCAAAAGCAUCUCUCUAAGGAUGAGGGGCAAGUCAAGCCUGAAGAGGAUAAAGGUCAAGUUCAAAGCUCAGAUCUGGUUUCUUACAAAGAGCUUCCACCUCCCACUAGUACAAGUCAUCCAUUUAGUGCUGUGCCUAGUAGUGUCAAACAAAAUGUAGUUAUUACACCAACUAACUCUUUGGAAAGAAGAAAAGCCAAUAUACACAAGUCUGGUGCUCGGGUAACACUUAAUUCUGAUGGAAAGGUUGUUUAUUCCUCUGAUAGUUUGCCUCGUCGAAAGGGCCAUUCAUCUUUUGAGCCCGGACCAUACAUUAAACAAGUUGUAACCACUUCACAGUCGCAAGUUACUUCUGGAGGUACUGAUAGCUCUCAGACAUUACCUGUGUCUCUUGUAAAACCAUCAGUUUCAACAACAACAAGUAGUAUACAGCAAACACCAUUGCCACCUUUACCAACCAUGACUAGCAGUAAUACAGAAACUAUUCAGCCUCACCCCAUGGCACAAAGGCCUCAACAGCCUCUUCCACCAUCUGCUUCUGCAUUACAUGCUUCCCCUCCAAUGCAUCACCAUCCCAUUCAAUCAAAACCUUUGUCUGUUCCGUUGCCCCAUUCACAACCAGUAGCCUCAUCACUCUCAUCACAGACAGCCACCACACAGCCUCUUCCUACUUCAGUACAUCACAUAUCAAAACUUCCUGGUCAAAUAGUUCAAAACCUUCCUUUACAGUCUCGUCCAGUCCAACCCUCACAACCCGUUAGUGGUUCUGUUUCUUCGGCACCUACUAGUGCCCCUUUGCACCAUGUUGCACAUCCUGUGUCACAGCCUUACCCUUUGUCUCAGAUCAAAACUGUUUUAACCACGCAAACUCCUUCAGGUGGACUUCCUACUCAGCAAAAAGCCCCAAGUAUGAGUGGAAUACCAGCAAGUAUUAACAUGACUCCAUCUUCAGUACCAUUAACUAGUGUUAGCAGUCAGCAAAUUAAACCACCUCAGCCAUUGGUGCAGCAGAGACUUCAGCAAACAACACAACAGCCACAGUCGCCUGGCAGUCAGAAACAAGUUGCUUUUGUCGAUAAAACAGAUAGUAAAGAAUCUGAGAAACCAAAAUUACAGAGUGUUGCAGGAAGCUCAAAUAGUAUGUAUGCUGUUACACAACAACAACUUCAGCAGCAGCAGCAGCAGCAGCGCAGCUUCAACAACAACAGCUUCAGCAACAACAGUUUCAGCAGCAGCAAUUACAGCAGCAACAGCAACUGCAACAACAGCAGCAGCAACUUCAACAACACCAACUGCAGCAACAGCAGCAGCAGCAGCAGCUUCCAGCAGCAAUUACAGCAGCAACAGCAACUGCAACAACAGCAGCAGCAACUUCAACAACAGCAACUGCAGCAACAGCAGCAGCUGAAACAACAACAUCAGCAACAGAUACAGCAACAGCAACUCCAACUGCAGCAGUUGCAACAGCAACAGCAACAGUUAUUACAGCAGCAGCAGCAACAAGAACAGCAGCAACCAUCUCAACAACAACAACAACUUCUUCGUCAACAACAGCAAAUUUACCAAGCUCGUCAGGAAGCUCAGAGGCAGCUUAUGCAGCAACAGCAGCAAAUAUAUCAGACCCAUCAGGAAGCCCAGAGAGUUUUGCAGCAACAACAUCAACAGCAACUGAUGUUGCAGCAACAGCAGUUUUAUCAAGCAAGACAAGAUGCCCAACAGGUGCGACAGCAGCAGUCACCUCCUUUGUCUCAACAACAGCAGCAGCAGCAACAACAACAACAACAACAACAACAAAAUAUUACUGCAACUACGUCAGCUGGUGUCAUUAUGGCUUCCCAAGGUGCACCUAUGUCUCCAAGAAGUCAGCGAGCUGGUGCAUAUGUACAUGUCCAAGGACAAACAACUCAAACAGCAUUGCCCCAGCAAACUGUUUCACUGAACCAGGCUGCAGCAAAGCUACUCACACGCCCACAAAGUGCACAUGGUUAUCCUCCGGGUGGCCAAACAUCCCGUGCACCAACCCCUGUGCAAGGUCCUAUAACCUCAAGUCCUAGACGUGGGGCUCAACCAAGUACUAUGGCUCUCACACACCCAGACCUGCGCACUGACCCAGCUAUGAUGUAUGGAUCACAGCGUAGUUUGCAAAGUGUGGGGUUAGUGGUGGAAGGAAGAGCUGCAGGUCAACAAGCACAACAGCAGCAACCUCCACCAAGGCCCAUGUCUACAUCACCUCCUCCGUACCCAGAUCAUCAUGGUCUCAUUGACAGCGAUAUUUAUGGAAGAAUUGGUAUGACUAGACAUGUUCAGGUAGGAGGGACUUUACCAGCUAGUUUUGGGCGGUAUCAGAGGGGUUAUAGUUCCUUACCUCCUUCAAGAAGACAAUCCCUUGAGCCACAAACAUCACUGCCACCUGAACUACAACAGCAUCAGUUGCUUGAUAAACAUCAGUUUUCCAGAAGGUCAAGUGUAGAUGCUUAUGGACCUGGGUCUGAAAACAGACCCAUUCCAAGAUCAGCUGCAUCUAAUCCGAGCACGCCAGAAAAAGUUCUUGAUAAGAAGGAAAAACCAAGUAAAAAAGACAAGGAGAAAGAUAAGGAUAAAAAGAAAAAAGAAUCAAAGACUGAAAAAUCUCCAAAGAAGAAAUGGUUUUGGACAUUACCUCUAAGGAGAAAGAAGAAAAACAAGGAAGAGAAUACUGAAGAUGAUGAUGGAGGGUUCAAAGCAGCUUCUGAAAAAGGAGCACGCAAACACGUUCAUUCUGAUGACUCUAGCUUUAUUAGGUAUCCUUCACCUGACACAGGAUCAUCAGAAAUGAAUUCAUCAUAUUCCAGUGAACUCUCUGGUGAGCAUAGUUACCGAAGUAGCCCAUCAGCAGAAGUUUAUUAUUACAGCCGUAGGGCUCAGCAUCAAGCUUUGCAGCAGCAGCAACAGCAGCAGCAGCAGCAACAACAACAGCAACAGCAGCAACAACAACAAACACAACAGCAAGGUGGGGGAGGAUUAGGCCCACGAUCACUUCCAACUACUCCUGUUUCACCACCUGAUAGUAGCCAGUCUUCCUUUGUAUCUGUAAACCCUUCUCCUCAGAGUGUGAUGUCAGAUGUUACUGAUCUCACUGUGACUGAUUUAACUAGAGGGCGGCGUUAUAUGAGUCGUGAAGAAUUUUAUGCUGCCAUGCGGCACCCCCAGUAUUAUAAUUACCACAGGAGCACUAUGACUGCUGCCACAGGUGAAUUUGGCAGUCAGAGUAACUCGGCACCGACGAGUCGAAGUCAGUCUCCAGCUGUUUUUGGUGUAAAUCCUCCUCCACCAUAUGCUAUUAGACCUCAGGUUUACAAUAACUAUGGUUCUUGGCCUCCAGACAAUCAAGAAGCUGCAACCCAUUCUCGAGACCCAACUGUAAAACAGCUGUCUGUACCAGACUCUCAAACAGAUGAAGAUUCCCCAACAAGUGUUGACCCACCAGCAGACUAUCAAAACUCUGCAAGUGAUACUCAGAGUAAAGUAGAUAUUUUAAAGCAAAGCUAUCAGAGUCCUGGGAAAGCAUUAAAUUCCCAGCAACCACUUCAGAACCAGCUAACAGCUGCAUCUCAAGCAGGUUCUCAGUCCCCUGUAACAACCCAAGCCACACCAAAACAGACCACUAGAGUUGAUUUUAAGAAAAUGAUAUUAAACCAGAGCAUGAGUACUGCUGGUGGUAGUCAGAGAAUUUCAGCUGUAGAAAUGUUGAAAGCUUCUCGUCCUUCUAUAUAUGGGUAUUCCCCUCCACCUGCUCCAGUAGUAAAACCACCACAGCCUCCACCUCCCCAGACUCAUGGUGAAGGUGUCAUUAUGCCCCCUUCUUCUCGAAACACGGCUAGGGCACUUCUCUUCCAGAGCCGCUUUGGUAGUGGCCGCCGCUUUCGUGCCCCCAAAACUGAAAUUAUUAGUACUACAAUUCUAGAAGAUCAUGGAGGAGAGGAAAUUGAAGAGGAGGAGGAAUAUGAGGAAUGAUGAUGAUGAUGAGAGGAAGAGGAGGAAGAGAGCAGUGGUGGAAGUCCUGAGAGGCGCAGCAUACAAAGUGUCAGAGGCCCACUGGCACGAGCUUACAGUGAACCAUGUAGUUCUAACACUGCCACUUCAUACUCGCCAUCUUCUUCUCCUGUUGAAAAUUCUGAUGAUGUUGCGCAUUCAACACCAAACACUACACUUGUUCAACCCCCACAAGCACCAGAUGUUUCUAUAAUUGCCCAGGAAGCAGAACCUGAGGAAUCUAAACCAAAUGAACAGAACGAAACAGAUGAAAAAGAGUCGAUGGAGACGGCUCUUUGACAUGAGGCUUAAUCUAGUCCUUUUUUAUUGUAAAAAGAUGCUCAAGAAUUUUAUAUGCUUUGAGAGACAACUGUCUGUUGAACACCAUUGUAUGGUGGUAAGUCAUAGCUUAUCAACAUUCUUUAUAGAAUAAAAUGUGUAAAGUUUUGUACUUAAUAUAUUUUAUUUCUCUGUAUAUUUUCUUGUAGUAAUAUGCAUAUAAUGUGUGCAUCUAUACAUAUUUAUAUAUUUUCUGUCUAUGUACAAAUUUUUUUUUAACUAGCAUUGUAUAAAUUUUGUUUUCUUACUAUGACGAUACAGUACUUGGUUUUGUGCAUCAGUUUUCAUUGACCAUCUGGUAUUAAUGAGCUGUAUAUGUAGAAAUUUAAUUUUGUUGGUAUAUUACAUUAAAUGUUAUUGUACAAUUAGUGCAAGGAAAUGCCAGCUUUACUGUUGCAUUACAAGCUCUGGAGCUUGAUAACUAAAGACCCUCCCACCCCAUUAGGUAUUUUUAUAAUGGUUUGGAGAAGGAUGGGUAAGAUUUAUUUGGCUGCAUAUUUUUUUCAUUAGCAAACCCUCUGACUUCAGCAAGACUGACAGAUUGCCAGCCUUUUAGCCUGCAUGCUCUUAGGGAUUUUUUGGGAUAUAUAGGUUCUACUGUAAGUGCUAGAGUAUAUCUAUAUAAAUCUAUUUAUUGCAGCUUUCUUUUAUCAUUAUUUAAUAGCAGGCUGUUGUCUUUAAUUUGGUGCAAUGUUGUUCCUUUUGCAGUCCAGUGUUACAACAUUUUAUACCAAUGACAUCUUACUGUAAUGAAAUUUUUUUUUUAAAUUUCACAAUACAUAUUUGAAAAUAAAUUUCCUUGAUAGUCGAAAUCAUACAGUAUCUCUGUACAAGUGAAAUCACUUUUGGCUAAACAUUUUUUUCAUAUGGAUUGAGCCAAUCCAUUUUUAUAAAACCCCCAUUUAAUAUUACUGAUGUUAACUGUUUGAAGCUAAUGUCUGUAUUCUAGUGUAAGAUAAUUUUUUUGAGACUUAUCUUAAAAAUUUUACACUGAGUCCUGCUCAGCUACCCAAGGAAAAUACAAAGGUACUACUUGUCUCAGGGGUACACACAGUGUUGCACAAGCCUUGUGGUUUGUACAGUAGGCCAAAGUCACGUCAUUCCACAAUCAUUUGGAUAAUGUGACCCACUGUUAGCACAAAGCCAUUUAUACAACCAAGAAAGCACCAAAUCUCAUGUUUCAUCAUAGUGUUGUUGACUAUUUUAUGAAUAGAAUUUAUACAAGAUGGCCAACAACAGUUAAUCAGUAUUUUGCUGCUGUAUUACCUAGAUGGGCAAAAGUAAUAGGUUAAACAUUAGCUGUUACACAAAUUAGUUAAUGUCCUAAUUUGAUAUUGUGAAGGCUUUAGUCGGUCAGUUAAUGUAGCCGAAGUUUGAUCUCAUUUACCAUUUAUUUAAGGCAAAAAAAAAAAAAAAGCUUUCCCUUUCCACUAUGUGAAGUUCCUGAACAUUCCCAAAAUGAUAUUGAUUCCAGUUUUACCAAACUGAGCUUGAUAAUGGUUUGGUUUUCCUAGAAACCUAGAAGUACUAACAAUUUAUCUGAAUUAGGAAGUGCCUUUUGUCCCUUAAUCAGUUCAGUCAUGUAUCAUUUGUUGUAGCAAUAAACUCAAAUGAUGUAUAUAAUGUAUAGUUAUCAUACAUGCUUAUAGGAUAGGCGACUUCAGUCCCUGUAUUUAGUUUUUUACUCAACGGAAUCAUUAUGCUUUAGCCAUGUUACUUGUGUAUCCCUGACGAAGAGGCUUCACAUGAAGCCAAGAUAUUUUUUCCUAUCUUUAGACCUUUUAUUAUAUAAAGAGCUUGAGGAUGAUUUAAGCUCUAUGCUCAAACACAGGAUACUUGUAUAAAGACAGUUUUGUAACCAGUUCUUCAUAAAGAUUAUUUAAAGGUUUGCAAUUUUAUUUAAUAACUUGAUAUGUGAAGUGUUUCAGAAUAAGGGAAUUACCAUUAAAUUUUUGUCAUACCUUGUAAUAUAUGUUAAUGUGUAACAAAUAUCUAAUUUACGUAGUGCGGUAUUUAUUAAAGCAAUUUUUGAAAUAAAAACUGGAGUUAUAUUUUUAAUAUUGUUGUCUUCCCUUAUUAAACUGUAGCAUAUUGAAAGCUGUCACCAAAGUUAAUCUGCAACUCAUACAUUUAAAUCAUGACGUUCUACUUAAUCUUGUAUUGUUUGAGUAUCCAUGGGUUAGCAAUAAAGACAUGACCUGA